GGAGGAGGAGGAGAGAGAGAAAGAGGAGGAAGAGGAAGAGGAGGAGGAGGAAGGAAGAUGCAAGAGAGAGGUCACAUCACUAUAUAAAGAAGAGGAGGAAGACUACAUGAAAAUUGAAGAAGAGGAGGAGGAAAGAAGAAGAAAGAGGAUGAGAGAGGAGGAGGAGGAAGAGGAAGAGGAGAAGAAAGAACAGAAGACCCUGGAGAAGAUGAAGAAGAAGAGGAAGAAGCAAAUGAAGGAGAAGAGGAGGCAGAAGAAACUGGAAAAGAAGGCAAAGAAGAAGAGGAAGGAGAAAGAGAGGAAGAGGGUCAAGAGGAGGAGGAAGAGCAGUGAUAGUUCAGUACAAAUGGAGGAGGAGGAGGAGGAGGAGAGAAGACUUACAAGAGAUAAGAGGAAGAGGAAAUAAGAAUGGACUGCAAUAAGUGGCAGAGAGGAGGAGGAGGAGGACGAUAAACGCAUCACCUCGAGGAAGAAGAAGGAGGAGGAGGAGGAGGAAGAGGAAGAGGAACAAGAAGAGGGUAGAAGAUUCAGCAGACACUCGGAUAAUGGUGAAAGCCCCUCUUAUACUCCACCAAGAAGACUGCAAGAACAGGAGAAGGAAGAGGAGGAAGAGGAAGAAGAGGAGGAGGAAGAGGAGCCACUUUCCCCAUUGGCUCGGUUGGGGUCGAUAGCAAGGAGUCACCAAGGGAGUCAUCGCCAAAACGGGGCAGAACCGGGGCAUUCCGGGUCACCUCAGGGUCAGAGAGGAGCUACCCGGCCAGCGACACGUCUGGGUACUAUGACCUGACCCCGGACUCCUCCAGCGGGGCAUCCGGGGCAAAGACAUUCAAUUUAGAGGAUAUUCCGUACCCUACCAGAGAGAGUGAGAGGCACAGCCCCUCCAACAUGUCCCUCUCCUCCUCCUCCUCUGCCCCACCCACCCCGCCCCGCCCCCCCACCCCAGACACCCUGGAUGCCAUCCCCAUUCCCCCACCCACCCUGGACCUCACCAACAUCCCCAAGCCGCCCGUCACCUUCACCAUCACCCCGCCAUCCCCCAUCCCCAGGCCCAAGAAGGACCCCCUGCCAAGACCCAAGCCCCCGGUCCCCCUUCCUCCCAUGGCAGCUGCCCCACUGCCCCCCUUAUCCGUCCCCUUGCCCUGCCCCACGCCUGCCCACAGGGAGGAGUCCCUACCAGCCUCGCCGCCCCGGGAGGUGCCCCCCAUCGGAGGGGCGCCGGUGUCCCCCGGGGGACAUGACAGCGACGACGACGAGCCCCCCGUCCUGCAUCCCCCGGCCCCCGAGCCCCGCCCCACCCACCACCAGCCACACCACCAUAUAGCCUUGGCUUCCUGCGGCCUUCACCCUGCUCAUGACACAUCAAUCCACGCCGGCCGGGACCUUACGCCUUCGAUGUAUUACUCCCGCAGCCCAGCCCGCCCCUACCACCACAGCCCGCACACCCUAGAGCGCCCCCCACAUGCUGGCCUCUUCCCUGCUUCACGGCCAGGCCAGAUGGCUACUCAGUGCGUGGCGGCCUCAGGGCGUGGCAGCCGCCACACCCCCGAGGGCUCCUCGCCCCCAGACCACUGCCACGGCCCACACACCCCAGAGCGCCCCCCACAUGCUGGCGGCUUCCCUGCUUCACCGCCAGGCCAGAUGGCUACUCAGGGUGUGGCGGCUGCCACACCCCCGAGGGCUCCCCGCCCCCAGACCACUGCCAGUACCACAGCCCCGUGGUGCAGUACCACAGCAGCAUCAGUCCUCCCUUCUCCCGCAGCCCCCCGUGGAGCCCCGAUGGGGGGCGCCGCGCCAGCCCCACAGGGUGGCGCAGUCCAUGCUACCAGCACCACCACCACCACCACUACACUGCCCCACCCCGCGACCGCUGGAGCCCCCAGCGCUCCCCACGCCGUGUUACCGUGUUACCCGCUCUCUGUUACCCUCUCCCCGGGGCGCCGCUCAUCACCCCCAGACCGCCGUGCCUCCCCGGAGCGGGGCCGCUCACCACCCAGCCGCUCCCCACGCUACUCCCCGCGCCAUUCCCAUUCCCGGGGGCUGAGGUCCCCCUGCCGCUCCCCCUCCCCACUGGGUGAGGUGUACCCCUACGAGCGGCGGGGCUGGGGCUGCGCAGCCAGGGAGUGGGAGGCUCUCACCACCACCAUCACAGCCCCAAGGCAGAGCAGAGAAAUAGGGAGGGCAAGGGCUAUGGGUACUCUCCCCUGCGGCAGUAUUUGAUGACGACCUCCGGAUCAUGAGCGAGGCAGAGAUGUUCUCCACUGGGUUCCACAAGGGGGAGGAACAGCGAGUCUCUCCCCCCAGCCCGCUCCCCCUCCCCCAACACCCUGGAUGCCAAGUCUUUGGGUACUCUCCCAGCCGUGUCACAGCUGAUGAUGAUGAUGCCACCCCCACCCCCAGCCUGAGCCACCCUCCACCCACCCCAGCCCUCACCAAGCCUCCUCCAGUAACCACCACCACCACCACCACCAGCGACGUAACACCCCACCCCACCCCUCCCCAGACCACAGGCAAGGUGACAGGCAAGGCAUGUGAGAUCCCAGACUGUUGGAUGUGACGCCACAAGACACAGGGCUUCGUAACACCAGUGCACGGUGAUCAAGACAACACUGGACCAGAAAGACGCAAAGUACAGGGAACAACACAGUGCUUCUUCAUUUUAGGUGAGCCAGAAUGAGCUUGUUAAACUGAGCGGCCUCUUCAAGUACCACUGGAACUGUUCGUCAGAGGAGGAGGAGGAGGUAAGGGAGUGCGCCAAGACCCUUUACAGCGGUGCAAAGGAGUGGAGGGAGAUGAGGAGAAAUUUGAAAGAGAACAGAAGUAGAAUGACAUCAGAUAGCAGGAGUCCUUAGGAUUUAGCACAAUAAGAUCAAUAAUUCUCUUACAUGAGUGACCUAAAGUAAGGCAGUUUAGUCUGGCCUAACUUAACUGAGCUACCUAUUUCUGUUAUGAGCUAAGAUAGGCUAUGUUAGGUUAUAUUAAAUUAUAUAAUUAUUAUUUUUUUUCAUCAUUAUUAUUAAAGAAAGGAAAUAGAACCGAGAAAAUAAAGUUAAAAAUUAUUGUUA